CCGGGAAGCAAAGGCGCUUCUUUUUUAUGGACGAGGAGGAGGAGGAGGAGAAUUGAGAAGAUGGCAGGCAAGGGAGCGAAAGGUCUAACAACCGGCGGCAAGGCCGGAGACAAGGCGGACAAGGACAAAGACAAGAAGAAGCCCAUCUCCCGCUCUGCUCGUGCUGGCCUUCAGUUCCCUGUUGGUAGGAUCCACCGUUUUCUCAAGUUGAGGACCAUGGCAAGCGGCAGAGUUGGGGCCACGGCUGCAGUCUACUCGGCCGCUAUAUUGGAGUACCUGACUGCAGAAGUCCUGGAGCUGGCUGGAAAUGCGAGCAAGGAUCUCAAGGUGAAGAGGAUCACUCCCCGCCACCUGCAGCUCGCUAUCCGUGGAGAUGAAGAACUGGACACCCUCAUCAAGGGGACGAUCGCCGGUGGAGGAGUCAUUCCUCACAUUCACAAGUCUCUCAUCAACAAAUCAUCCAAUGAAUAAUGUGAUUUAGAUUCCAGGAUUUUCUCUUUGUUUCUGGUGACCGUCGAGAUUAACCUAGUAACUUUUUUUUUUUGUUGAAACUCAAAGUCAGUUUGUUCAAAAUGAUAACCUGCGCUUAUCAGACAUUGUCUAGAUUACGCGUACCUUGUUUCUUUGUUCUCUGUUCUCGUGAUCACAUAUAAAAAUAAAAAUUACGCGAUUAUUAUUUGCA